GCACCCAUAUAAGCACAUAAAUCCAAGUAGUUUUGAUUAAUCAAGUUCGAGCCGAUACUUCGGGUGGGCCGUGUGAAGUUGCUAUAACCGUCAGCCUUCUAAUCUCCGUCCCUUCAACUCCCAGCAAUGACAAGACACGUCCCAUUGCUCUCUCUACACCUUUAUGAAGUAAUCAUAGACUUCUGCGCUGAGUUCGAAGACAACACCACUCUCCUCAGUUGUAGCCUCGUAUGUCGCUCCUGGGUCCGUCGAUCACGUCACCACUAUUUCAAGACCACCCAUAUCCGGAGCGCUGGAAAGGCAAAUUCCUUCCUCCAGCUAAUACACGGAUCCAUAACCUCCAUCAACUCGCUGGAAAUCCAUGCAUUGGUCCUCGGAACGAACCGAGGGCGUGUGCCACAAGAUUGGUUUUGCGAUUGGUUGCCUACGCUGCUCAGAGCGUUACCCAGCGUCAAAGCGCUAUCAUUUUCGCUUGCCAACCACGAGGUCCAUACGGCUUUGAAGGUGCAUCCUAUGCCCUCAGGACGUGCCGAGGGUGUUUUCAUGGCGCCCUUCAGCCUCGUUCCAGAUAGCCUCCGAAUGACCACACUGAAGCUAGCCAAGUGCCACUUCUUCUCUCUGCGGCAGCUCUUUUUCGUACUCAGCCAGUUUACCCUAUUGGAGGAUCUGAGGUUGGAAGGGCUCCAGUUCAAAAAUACCGAGACGGAUAUUCUCAUUCCGAAUUUUGGCGUGUAUAAUUGCGUCCAGCACCUCGUUUACCUGAAAAGAUUGUAUGUUGAUACCCUUGCUUUGGAGUCCUCGCGCGGGGAUGAGGUGGCCUCUUAUUUUGCAUUUGCGAUGCCUUCAGUCGAGAUGCUAUCUCUGAGGAUGCCUAAGACGAAACGUGAGUGGUCGAUCAUGCAGCAGCUCCUGCUUGGCUUGCGGGGCUCGUUGAUGGAAGUGGAGUGGCGAGAAUGUGGUGAUAUAAGAGGAGAUUGGAGUAGCCUCGACUUGCAGUUGAGACUCCUCCAUGUCCGCGCGAUAUGUUUCAGCGGAAUAUGGCGUCAGCCAAUGGAUAGGUUUGGGCUACCACCGAAGUCUGCCGUUCCGCUGAUCCUGUAUCAUAUUUGUGGGGCUUGCGAGCUCAGGGGUGUCCUCCUGGAUGUUGAGGAUCCGGACUUUGUCACUGCUUUGAAUGACUCUCUGUGCAGUGCCAUUGAUAGGGGUCUAGCGCGGCCUGCGUUCUCCCAUCUCGACCAGUUGGUCGUACGGACGGAUGGGCAGCCACAGGGAAUAACGAACCUUACGGUGAUUCUUCCGCAGCUGUGGGCUUCAUGGAUAGCUGGGAGGUUUCCGCAUACGGGUAGUAGGGGUGUGAUGCUGAAGGUGGAGCAAACAUAUCGUUAAUGAGGUGUCGAUACAGACCUAUUUAUGAAAGGGAUGGUCUGUAUGUACUACCAUGGGCUGCAAAGCUGUUUUCCUGUAAGAUUUCGAGUGAUCGAAGUCGGCGUAGGGAAGCUACCAACUUAAGCGGUUAAUGUGGGUAUUUAUACGCGCACUUGUUCAACUGGAACGGAUUGCUCUGAGGCAAGUCUUCCUGACCCAAAUCUUGAGAAACUGACCCACGGUUAACAAAGUUCGAGUUGAACGUACUGAUUGCUCGAGCGCGCUUUGAUUCGGCUAUUGCCGAUAUCGCUGAUAAUGUGAG